AUGCGCGGGGAUAACUUGAAGGCGGCAAUUGCCGUUGCUCUGCUGGCAGCUAGCGCGUCUGCUAUCAAUUUGGAUGUCAACGAUGAAAAGUCCAUCAAGAAUGCCGCCUCGGUUGUCGCGAAGAACGUCAUGUCGGACUAUAAUGACCGAGACUCCAACAACAUCCCAGGCGACAUUAACGGCUUAUGGGCGGAGGGUGGCGUUUUGUUCGACACUAUGAUCAAGUACUGGUAUUAUACCGGCGACUCUUCCUACAACAAUGAAGUGAGCGACGGCAUGUACUGGCAGCGGGGCGAUGACAAUUAUUUCCCCGCCAAUUACAGCCAGUACAUGGCCAACGACGACCAAAUGAUCUGGGGCCUCGCUGCUAUGACCGCGGCCGAGCUCGAUUUCCCUGAGCGAUCAUCCAUGCCGUCCUGGAUCACACUGGCCCAGGGAGUUUUCGACGCCCAGGUCCUUCGGUGGGAUGAUGACAAUUGUGGUGGUGGUAUGCGCUGGCAGAUCUGGCCGUACCAGGCUGGUUAUAAUAUGAAGAAUGCCCUGGUCAACGGCGGGCUCUUUGAACUUUCCGCCCGUCUGGCCCGGUAUACCAACAACGAGACCUACUCGGACUGGGCCGAGAAGAUCUGGGACUGGAGUGCCACCACUCCACUCCUGGAUACCACGACGUGGAACAUCGCGGACGACACUUCUUGCGAACAGAACUGUACCGAUCAGGGCAACUCGCAGUGGUCCUUUAACUACGGCGUCUACAUGACCGGUGCAGCUUACAUGCACAAUGUGACUGACGGCAAGUCCAAGUGGAAGUCGGGUCUGGACGGUCUUCUGAACAGCACCUCCCAGUUUUUCCCACACGACAAGGUUCUGGAGGAGAUUACCUGCGAGUCUAUUGAAGAAUGCGACCGCAGCCAGAUCCUCAUGAAGGGCACCUUCCCUCAGGAUCUUGUUCUGAUUAGCCUUGCUGCGCCUUACACUUAUUCGGACAUCUUGCCCCUGCUGCAGGCCUCCGCGACCGCUGCUGCAAAGACCUGCACUGCUGGAAAAACCGACAACCGUUGCGGUACCCGCUGGUACACCGAGAAUGAUGGCACAGAUGGAACGGAGCAGCAGAUCGCUGCUUUGGGCCUUUUCACCUCUAACCUGGUCGCGUUCAACAGCAAAGCCCCUGCCACCGGGGCCGCCACGUCCAACGCUACGGCCAAUACCACGACCAGUGGAAACAUAACUUCGACCAGCUCGAGUGCUGCAGGGGCUACUUCCACUGGCACCAAUGCUGCGAAUGUGCUUGCUUGUAGCUCUGUUGGUCUUACUGCUACCCUUCUCGCCGGCCUUCUCGCUCUGUUCUAA